AAUUGGAAAAUCAUUUGUUAUUGUUUUAUUUUGUUUUAAUUUUUGUUUGUUUUGUUUGGUUUUAUUUUUUAAGUAACAUUGAUGAAGUUGUGCAUGUUCUGGUUAGUAUCUGCUUUUCCAGUGGCCUUUCCUACUGUCAAAAUCGAGAAAGUUGCAAAUUAACGAAUGGAUCGCCGUGAAGCCGAUGUAUAUGGAGGUCCGCCGAAUCUAAAUUUAAGUCACGAGGUGCGCAUCUAUUUGCUGAGCGCAAUGUUCGCCCUCGCAGCCCUGAUCCAAUGGAUACUCAUUGGAUACUUUUCGGAUUGGCGCAAAUACAAAAUGCCCCAGGAGCGCUAUGGCUUCUGGCUGAUGGCCACAUUCUUUGGCAUCUGUUUGCUGUCCUGUACGCCGUGCGGUCGUCGCUGUCCCUGGAACGUGAUGCUCGUUAUAAUCAUUGUUGAAUCGUCUACGCUCUACAUUGCGGUCGAGCAGCAGAAUUCCAGGGGAUAUAUGGUCAAUAUAUAUGCUGUCACAAUUGUGUUCUUGGUGGUCAUCACAUCCAUCUUCUAUGGUGCGUACUUUCCAAUGCGUAUGGUGCCAGGUGAUCUGAUGCUCAGCCUGGGCGUCGCAGUUGCCAAUAUAAUGAUGAUACUGUUCUUCCUCAAUGCGUUCAUCAUCAAGAACGAUACUAUAUUUACUAUAGUGCGUAACUAUUUUGCCUUCACAGCGAUCACAAUGAUCAUGUAUACGGCCACCAUAAUACACGAUCGGCAAUCCGAUGUGCCCAAACACGAAUAUAUCUAUCUCAGUGUUUUGCUCUUCUUUGGCCAAAUGAUACUCCACGAACGCAUCCUGGCCAUUUCCGCGAGUACGACACGCUCGCAGGCAUGCGAGUCAACAAAAGCCAUUUAGAUCUAUUCCAAAACUCAAGUCUAGGCAAACAUAUUGUAAGGCAACUCUUCAGCCUGGCCCAUGGAUGAGUUGCGUUUGGACAGCAAGAAGAUUGUAUUUGUAGGCCACGAUAACCAGCAGGGAAUUACGUGAAUCCAUUUGAUAUGUACACAUGGAAAUUUAGUCAAGACAUAAUAAUACUAUGUUAAUUUAACCCAAUCAGAGACGAAGAUAUGCAGAAAUGUGAAGCAAAUAUUAGGACACAUCAUUAAAAAUAAAAUUUCAGCUGUU